GAAAAAUUUGAACACCAAAAAAGCUUACCUCGUUUGAAGACGCGAUAAGAGAUUAGAGGGGAAAGCAGGAAGAAGCAGAGCGUGUGAGUGAGUGAGUGUCAACAAUGGACAUCAACGGUCUUAAAUCCCUUAACAUACCAAACCCUUCUCGUUUCCGCCCAAAGCUUCCCCUUGUUCGCCGAUUCACUUUUCUUCACUUCAGACCCAAACCCACCACUUUUCUCUCUCUUUCUUCGCCAUUCUGCUCUCUCAAUGCGAAUGGUGCCGCUGAGAUAAACAAGGAAGGAACUUUGCCUCGGGGUGUUGGAGAGGCCUUGAAUGGAGGAGCUUCACGUUCCAAGGUUCUUCAGGUUGUGCUUGUGUCCCCUCAGAUUCCUGGAAACACUGGAUGCAUUGCUAGAUCAUGUGCUGCAUCAGCUGUUGGAUUGCACUUAGUUGGGCCAUUAGGAUUUCAGGUGGAUGAUUCCAAAUUAAAACGUGCUGGACUGGAUUAUUGGCCAUAUGUGGUUGUUAAAGUUCAUGACACUUGGGCAAGUUUUCGUGAUUAUUUCAGGCAACAGGAAGGACAAAAGCGGCUUCUAGCAUUUACAAAGAGAGGAACAAAAGUUCAUUCUGAAUUUUCCUACAGAAAAGGUGAUUAUCUUUUGUUCGGUUCGGAAACCAGUGGACUGCCACCUGAAGCGUUGCUAGAUUGCAAAACUGAACCAUUUGGCGGGGGAACUAUUCGGAUCCCAAUGGUUGAAACUUAUGUCAGAUGUUUGAAUCUUUCUGUAAGUGUUGGCAUAGCUUUGUAUGAAGCUUCACGACAACUAAACUAUGAGAAUCUUCAGCUAGCUUCAGAAAGCUGUAUGGAUACUGAGGAAUCAUUUAUUACUGAAGACAUUUUUGCUUGAUAAUGUACUUAUUCAUAUAUUUAUUUUAACAUAGGUAGGAACAUUCCUUUGGAAUUUACUUAUAAUUAAUUCUAGUUGUGUCUCCUUGGCUAGGUACAUAUUUUUAGUUUAUUGAGGUGGAGAAUGUGUCCCGUUCCCAAAUUCAAUAGUGAAGUGGAAAGUUGGGACUCAGAGUAGUCCCACAUAAGUACCCAAAUUCCACACACAAAGAACUAUAAUUUUUAAUAUUUUGAUCCUGUAGAGAAUUAUAGCAACGCUGUUCUGUAUGUUUAAAUAUCUCUGCCCUUGCCAUUUAUUAUUAUGGAAAUGUUCACUUUUCCAACUUCAAA